UCCGACACAACCAUUUUGGACCACCACCAUCCAGACCCAGCCAAACCCGCCUGUCAGCGGCCCCCACGGCCACCACCUACCCCGAGAAGGCACCGCCUUACCCGGGUCGAUAGAGGACAGCGAGUCCUUCUGUCUUGAUGGAGGCUCCUAGUAGGCGGGAAGGCUCUGAUUAAAAACACGACGGAGCUACACACAACACAGUGCUAACAUCACAGCUGCGGUGGUCCAGUCAAGUCGGCAAACAACGAGCGGGCACCCGGAGGUGCUAAGCAAGGCAGCGCACAAUGGCGGGGGCUUCUGUGAAGGUGGCGGUCCGAGUCCGCCCUUUCAACUCCAGGGAGAUGAACAAAGAGAGCAAAUGCAUCAUCCAGAUGUCAGGAAACACCACGACGAUCAUCAACCCCAAGCAGGCUAAAGACAACAAGAGUUUCAACUUUGAUUACUCCUACUGGUCGCACACCUCGCCGGCGGAUGUGAACUACGCGUCUCAGAUGCUCGUCUACAAAGACAUCGGCGAGGAAAUGCUGCUGCACGCCUUUGAGGGUUACAACGUCUGCAUCUUUGCAUAUGGACAGACUGGAGCCGGAAAGUCCUACACCAUGAUGGGCAAGCAGGAUGUCAAAGAUCAACAGGGGAUCAUCCCGCUGCUAUGUGAAGAUCUCUUUACCAAAAUCAAUGACAACACAGACAAUAGCAUGUCUUACUCUGUGGAGGUGAGCUACAUGGAGAUCUACUGCGAGCGCGUGCGCGACCUCCUCAACCCCAAGAACAAAGGCAACCUGCGGGUGCGCGAACAUCCUUUGAUGGGUCCCUACGUGGAGGACCUGUCCAAGUUGGCUGUCACUUCCUACAACGACAUACAGGACCUGAUGGACUCUGGCAACAAAGCCAGGACGGUGGCUGCUACCAACAUGAACGAGACCAGCAGUCGCUCGCACGCCGUUUUUAACAUCAUCUUCACUCAGAAACGCCACGACGCUGACACUGAUAAUACCUCUGAAAAGGUGAGUAAAAUCAGUUUGGUGGAUUUGGCUGGCAGCGAGAGAGCUGAUUCUACCGGAGCCAAAGGGACCAGGCUGAAGGAAGGAGCCAACAUCAACAAAUCUCUAACCACGCUGGGAAAGGUCAUCUCCGCUUUGGCAGAAGUGGACUCUGGACCAAACAAGAACAAAAAGAAGAAGAAAGCAGAAAGUUUCAUUCCUUAUCGCGAUUCAGUGCUGACUUGGCUGCUCCGAGAAAAUCUUGGUGGUAACUCUCGCACUGCCAUGGUGGCUGCGCUGAGCCCGGCGGACAUCAACUAUGACGAGACGCUCAGCACGCUCAGGUAUGCCGACCGUGCCAAGCAGAUCCGCUGCAACGCCGUCAUCAACGAGGAUCCCAACAACCGGCUGGUGCGCGAGCUGAAGGAGGAGGUGUCACGUCUCAAAGACCUGCUCUUCGCCCAGGGCCUGGGGGACAUUAUCGAGACAUUUCGAGGGUCUGCUGCUGAGAUUGAGGGUUUGAAACUGACCAACGCCAUGACGGGCAUGAGUCCCUCUCCGUCGCUGUCUGCCCUGUCCAGCCGCGCCGGCUCCAUCGCCAGCCUGCAUGACCGCAUCAUGUUCAGCCCGGCCAAUGAGCAGGCCAUCGAGCGCCUGAAGGAAACUGAGAAAAUCAUCGCAGAGCUCAACGAGACGUGGGAAGAGAAACUUCGGCGGACUGAAGCCAUACGAAUGGAACGAGAGGCCCUGCUGGCAGAAAUGGGCGUGGCCAUGCGCGAGGAUGGCGGCACGGUCGGCGUCUUUUCCCCCAAGAAGACCCCUCAUCUGGUGAACCUGAACGAGGACCCUCUCAUGUCCGAGUGCUUGCUCUACUACAUCAAGGAUGGAAUAACCAGGGUGGGCCGUGUGGAUGCCGCGAGCCGCCAGGACAUCGUCCUCAGCGGCCACUUCAUCAAGGAUGAGCACUGCACUUUCACCAGCGCCACAGGACCCCAGGGAGAAACCGUUGUCCUGGAGCCUUGCGAAGGAGCAGAGACCUACGUCAACGGCAAGAGAGUGACGGAGGCCACAGUCCUUAAAUCAGGAAAUCGCAUCAUCCUGGGCAAGAGCCACGUGUUCCGCUUCAACCAUCCCGUGCAGGCGCGGGCUGAGAGGGAGAGGACCCCGUGCGCCGAGACCCCCGCCGAGCCCGUGGACUGGGCUUUUGCCCAGAGGGAGCUGCUGGAGAAGCAAGGCAUUGACAUGAAGCAGGAGAUGGAGCAGAGGCUCCAGGAGCUGGAGGAUCAAUAUCGCAAAGAGAGAGAGGAGGCCAACAACCUGCUAGAGCAGCAAAGACUGGAUUACGAAAGCAAGCUGGAGGCCCUUCAGAAGCAGGUAGAUCGUUAUUACCCAGAAGCUCCCGAGGAAGAGGAGGAGCCCGAACAGGAAGCUCAUUGGAGCGAGCGUGAACGAGAGCUGGCGGAGUGGAGCUUUCGCAGGUGGAGGUGCUACCAGUUCACCUCCCUGCGGGACCUCCUGUGGGGCAACGCCAUCUUCCUCAAGGAGGCCAACGCCAUCAGUGUGGAGCUCAAGAAGAAGGUUCAGUUCCAGUUUGUGCUGUUGACUGACACCCUAUACUCGCCGCUCCCGCCCGACCUGCUGACGCCUGAGGCCAGCAAAGAGCGCGAGAGGCGAAUUUUUCCGCAAACCAUCGUGGCUGUGGAGGUGCAAGACCAGAAGAAUGGAGCCACUCACUACUGGACGCUAGAAAAACUCAGGCAGAGACUGGAUCUCAUGAGAGAGAUGUAUGACCGCGCCGCUGAGGUUCCCCCUACCACCGCUGUUGCUUCAGCGACGGGUAUGAAUUCCACCACAGACGACGGCGAAGGCGCCAUGACCGGCGGCGACCCUUUUUACGACCGCUUCCCUUGGUUCCGUCUGGUGGGCAGAAACCCUCUUUUCAACACGUGCAUGAGCGAGCGCAUGAGCGACCCCACCCCGUCCCCCACCCUCUCCGCCUCCGAGACCACCGACUCCCCUCAGCAGGAGGCUCGCGGCAGCGAGGACGACGAGUCUGAGGAGCUGGAUGACGAUAUCUUUUUGGAUGAGCCUUGUUCGGACCUGGCGGGAGAGGAGGAGGAGGAGGAGGAGGAGGAGGAGGAGGAGGAGGAGGAGCGAGAACUGUGCCGAGGUUCCAGCGAAGGCCAGGAUCCCUUUUACGACCGCUCGCCAUUAUUCAGUGUAGUGGGAAGAUCAUUUGUGUACCUGAGCAACCUGCUGUACCCCGUUCCUCUGGUGCACCGUGUGGCCAUCGUGAGCGAGAAAGGCGACGUCAAGGGCUUCCUGCGUGUGGCGGUGCAGGCCAUAUCGGGUAAGGCUCAGCGAAGAGGCGGGGCUGUGUGGCAGAGCUGCGUGCGAUUGGCCGAUGAAUGCCGUUGUUUCGCCCCUCCAGCCGACGAGGAAGCGCCCGACUACGGCUCGGGAGUGCGACAGUCGGGCACUGCCAAAAUCUCCUUUGAGGAUCAACAGUAUGAAAAGUUCCAGUCAGAGUCUUGUUCGGUAGGCCUGUCCUGUACCGAAGUCUCCCAGGAGGAGCUUCGCAUCGUGGAGGGCGAGGGGCAGAGCGCAGAGACAGGACCCUCGGCGGACGAAGUCAACAAUAACACAUCUGGCGGUAAUGAAGACGACGUUGCGGGGAAGUCGGGAGUGGACGGCCAAGUGGACGUGAUGGCGGAGCAUCUAAAGAUCGGGAACAUUUUCACCUUCCGUGUGACCGUGCUACAAGCAUCCAGCAUCUCCGCAGAGUACGCUGACAUCUUCUGCCAGUUCAAUUUCAUCCACCGGCACGACGAGGCCUUCUCCACGGAACCCCUGAAGAACACGGGCCGUGGCCCCCCGCUGGGCUUUUACCACGUGCAGAAUAUCGCCGUUGAAGUGACCAAAUCGUUAGUGGACUACAUCAGCAGUCAGCCGAUCGUGUUUGAGGUGUUUGGACACUACCAGAAACAAGCAUUUCUUCCUCUAUGUAAAGACGUCAUUAGUCCACUGCGGCCCUACAGGAGGCAGUUCCCCCGUGUGAUGCCUCUGUCCAAACCAGCGGACUCGGAGCAGAACCAGGACAAAGCGCUGGAGCUGAUCCGCUACCUGGUGCCCGACGUGCUCAACGGGGCGCUGGUGGACUCUCUGUCGUGCCACGCCCUCUCCGCUGCGGGGCUGGCCGCUUCCUUCCUGAUGGAAGCGAACGGGCCCGCGUGGUCCGCCGCGCCCGCUUCCAUUUGUUCUGUUGUUAAAGCGCAGACGCCCGUGCCGGCCACCAAGCUGACGGCGGUGGCACGCCCGCAGGUAGGUCCGCGCCACUGCAAGUACGACCUGAUGGUUUUCUUCGAGAUCUGCGAGCUGGAGGCCAACGGAGACUACCUCCCUGCUGUGGUGGACCACAGAGGAGGAAUGCCUUGUCACGGCACCUUCCUCCUGCACCAGGGCCUCCAGAGGAGAAUCACCGUCACCAUCGUGCACGAGUCCGGCGGCGACAUCGAAUGGAGAGACGUGCGAGAGCUCGUUGUGGGACGACUUCGCAACACCCCCGAAUCCGACGAGAGCAUCCUGGACCCCAACAUUCUGUCCCUCAAUAUCUUGUCCGCCGGCUACGUCAGGCCCUUGCAUGACGACAGACAGUUUCUUGAUUCGGACAUGCCUAGGACGUUCUACCGCUUGGAGGCGGCGUGGGACAGCUCCAUGCACAACUCCUUGCUCCUCAACCGAGUCACGCCCUGCGGCGAGAAGAUCUACAUGACGCUCUCAGCCUACUUGGAGCUGGAGAAAUGCACGCAGCCGGCGGUGGUGACCAAAGACGUGUGCAUGGUGUUCUACUCUCGCGACACCAAGCUGUCCGCCUCGCGUUCCAUACGCAACCUUUUCGGCACGGGAAGCCUGAGAGCGGCGGAUGGAAACCGUGUGACGGGUGUGUACGAGAUGAGCCUGUGCAACCUGGCAGACGCGGGGAGUCCGGGCAUGCAGCGGCGCCGGCGGCGAGUGUUGGACACAUCGGUGGCGUAUGUCCGCGGUGAGGAGAACCUGGCCGGGUGGAGGCCUCGCAGCGACAGCCUCAUCCUGGAGCACCAGUGGGAGCUCGACAAGCUCAGCCUGCUUCAGGACGUGGAGAAGACCAAACAUUUCCUGCUGCUGCGGGAGAAGCUGGAGUCUACCCUGCUGCUGGCGGGUCGGGGGGCUCAGCAGCCGGCGGAGGAGGAGACGGGCGUCCUGCCUGCGCCCCGCCAGGCCGAGGCGGGUGUGGGCGCUGCGUCUGGCGUCACCACCGAGAGGCAGCGAGAGCUCGCCACCAAGUGUCUGCGGCUACUCAGUCACUCCUUCGACAGAGAGUACACUCACGUGUGCGUCAGUGCCAGUGAAAGCAAGAUCUCGGAGAUGUCCGUCACCACGCUGAGAGACUCGGCCUCCAUUUCCGCCCUCAACACCAUCACGCCCUCGUCCACCUGUCCUUCCCUGGUGGAGGGUCGCUAUGGCAACGCCGAUCUCAGACCUCCCGCUCCUCGCUCCCGCGCCGUCAGUCCGACUCCCGACGCGCAGCCCGACGCCGACUGCUAAAAAGUGCGCGGGCCGCAGCCUCGGAAGGAAAACCUCGCAUACGUAGAUUUGUCCCCGAUAUCCAGGAGAUCCGAGUCAGCCCCAUCGUGUCCAAGAAGGGUUACCUGCACUUCCUGGAGCCGCACACCAACGGCUGGGUGAAGCGCUACGUGGUGGUGCGCCGGCCGU